GGCGGCGGCGGGAAGGAGUGGAGGCGAGCGGACGGCGAGGCUCCAUGGAGAGCGGCAGACGCCCGGGCAGAGGCGGCGCUUCCCUCCCGGCCCCUGGACUGCAGUGACUGGCGCUCACCUCCCGCGUCGAGUCGAAACGGCCGAGCCGCGGGCUCCGGGACGGACCGGCCUGUCAGCGCGCCCCGGCGUCUCCGCGCCCCGAUCCAGUCUCGGCCCUAACUCCCUGGCGGGGUGGCGGCGGCCAGGUCCCCGCGGCGGCGGCCGGAGCAGCAGCAGCAGCAGCAGCAGCAGAAUCGCGCCUCUAUGAUGAAGUUCAAGCCCAACCAGACGCGGACCUAUGACCGCGAGGGUUUCAAGAAGCGGGCGGCGUGCCUGUGCUUCCGGAGCGAGCAGGAGGACGAGGUGCUGUUGGUGAGCAGCAGUCGGUACCCGGACCAGUGGAUUGUGCCGGGAGGAGGGAUGGAGCCAGAGGAGGAGCCUGGCGGCGCCGCCGUAAGGGAGGUAUAUGAGGAGGCUGGAGUCAAAGGAAAAUUAGGCAGACUCCUGGGCGUAUUUGAGCAGAACCAAGACCGGAAGCACAGAACGUAUGUGUAUGUUCUUACAGUCACUGAAAUACUAGAAGACUGGGAAGAUUCUGUUAAUAUAGGAAGAAAAAGAGAGUGGUUCAAGGUAGAAGAUGCAAUCAAAGUUCUCCAGUGUCAUAAACCAGUUCAUGCAGAAUAUCUGGAAAAACUGAAGCUGGGCUGUUCUCCGUCCAAUGGAAAUUCCACAGUCCCUUCCCUUCCAGAUAAUAAUACCUUGUUUGUAAAUGCUGCACAGACCCCCGGGGUUCCUUCUGGUCUAAGAUAAAGAAAACUAGCCAGACCUCUCCCUCCACGUGCAGUCUUACGGGGAGAAGCUUCGUUUUUUCCUUGGCAGACAUCUGAAUGACGCUUGCAAACUGUCUGAAUUUGCCAUACAGGGUUUUCAAACAAUUUGCAUGUUUUUCAGAUGCUUAAGAUAUUUUUUUUUAAAGAGAUAGUGUAAAAUAUUUUAAUAAGCCAAAGCCAUGCGGGAAUUUGUUUAGAUGCCUUAACUAUGCCCUACCCCCAUGUUAAGUUCUUUUGUCCAUUUGACACAUAACUGGUUUAU